UGAGAUUGUGCCACUGUAUUCUGGCCUGGUUGACAGAGCAAGACCCUGUCUCACAUACACAAAAAAAGAAAAAUUGCAGAUAGAGGAAACAUGGUAAAUAGGAAAACAAGUUAUAAAAUAUAAUACAGUUGUUAAAUUCAAGAAAUAGAGAAAAAAUAGAUAUAUUCCUAAUAAAUACAGUUAAGAAAAAAAAACUCAAUGAAAUAGACUUUCUACAAAACUAUCAGUAUUUUAUAGAGGUAGACUAGGAUUACUAAGGAGGAAAUUGAGAAAAUUAUGAUAGUACCAGCUAUCAAAAAGGUUUUUGGAACUAAUAGAUUCACUGAUAAAUCUUUUAAAUUUUUAAAGAAAAUUGAAGUUGCUUAUAUAAAAUAAAUACUGAACAAUGUUAUGAAACAAGAAAAUGAGGGCAUUCUAAAAUACCGAUUAAUUUUAGUUAUGACCAUAUAUGUGUGAAAAUGUUAAAGAAUAUGCUAGCAAACAUUUAAACGUCUGCUCUACCACUACUGUGUAAGAAAUGUGAACAUGUUUCAAUAUAAAGAAAUUUAUUGACUUGGGAGGCUGAGGUGGGAAGCUCAAGUGCUUGAGCCCAGAGUUUGAGUCCAGCCAUAGAGUUUGAGUCCAACAUAGCAAGAACCUGUCUAAAAAAUAAAAAUAAAAAAAAUGUUGCCAUCCUUUAUCAGGUUUAAUUGGGGAAAAAGAUGCUAUAAUGCAGUUUGAGCUAAUUUAGUGUUCAUUUCUAAUCAAAUUAUUUGAAAAUGAAAAUACUUUCAUAUCAUGAUAGAAUAUACUAACUAGUAUUAAAUCCAAAAGGAAAAUGCCUUUUAAACUUGUCACCAUUAGUAUUUAAUUCGACUUUAAUUCAGCAUUGUUAUUUAGUGUGAUCUGUAGAUUGGUGCCAGUCCAUUAUUUGCUUGUUACUGGUCUGUCAAGAGGUAAGUAUAGAAAUUGAGAGGAAGUGUUUAGAAACUUUUAUAGUAGUUUGAUAGAGUAAUUUUAUCUUUUUUUAGACCUAGAAAUCAAACAUUUGGGCUGGUGUUUUAUAUCUUGGGCUUAUAUUAAGACUUAAAUUUCAUUUUUCUAGUUAUUUUUACUAGUUUUAAAAAUUAGCUUAUUUGUCAUUAAUUUUUGUUAACAUUUUAGUAAAGUGUCAGUCUGUGAUGAAUUGGAAGUAGGAAAAACUGGUCCUUCCCCAUAAGUAGUCUGAGAAGCAGUUCUGUGAAUCUUGCCACUAAUUUAAGAGUAAAUAGUUGGAGGAGACAAAUGUAUCACAUUCAUGGGUGAUAUAAUAAUGUUAUAUAUUGAGAAGAGCCAGGGAUCCUUUAGAAACUAGUAGUAGAGCUAAUAAAAAUUCAGUCAAGUGAAUUCCCAACUUAAAGCUGGAGUGAAUACUUCAGCUUUAGGUUUGGAAUAUUUUUUUCAGUUUUUUUAUUAUUUUAUUAUUAUCGAGUUGUAAAAUAUUAUGUAGAACCAAAUCUAUUGAUUUAAUGAUGAGAACUAACAAAAAAUAUAGUGGAAAUGCCAGUGAUUCUUCCACACUUCAAGAGAUGUGUAGUAGGACCCACGAAUCGGCCCAGCCCUCGCGGGCACCAUGUUUGGCCCCUUCUAGCGUUGCCGCCAUGAAGCAAGUGGCUCAACAGCUCUGGCUGAAGGCCGGACUCAACCAUGUAAAUGUUUCCCAGGCAGCUGCAGACUUGAAACAAUUCUGUCUGCAGAUUGCUCAACAUGACUCUCUGCUGACUGGAGUAUCUUCAAGUACAAAUUCCUUCAGACCCCAGAAAGUCUGUUCCUUUUUGUAGUAAAAUGAACCUUUCAAAGGUUUCCCAAGCCACUUCUCAUGAUACAGUGAAUAUUCAAAAGAGAGCUACAUUUGAAACCUGUACAAAAGCUUAUCCCUGGAACACAUGUGCCAUAAUAUACAAACUUCUACUUUUGUCAGUC